AUGACUUCCUUCCUGAGUUUCUCCUCCUCCCACAGGAAUACAUGCAAUGAAGACAGAAUUUAUCAAUGCAAGGAACAUUUGAAAAUUUUUAACCAAGGGUCAAAUUGUAAUAUGCAUCAGAAAAUUCAGUUUCCAGAGUACCAUUAUAAUGGUGGAAAAGUCUUUGAUGAAAUGUCAAAUCAAAGUAUACUUCAGUUUAUUCAUACUGUUGCAGAAAUAAACAAACAAAGUAAAUGUGGCAAACCUUUGAAACAAUCUUCAAAUCAUACUGAACGAGACGAUAUUCAUAUCAGAGAGAAAGCUUACAAGUUUGAUUUCUGUUCAAGACUCUUCAGUCCAAUACUCAAUCUAAAUAAACUUAAGAAAUUCCAAACUGGAGAAAAACAUUAUAAAUGUAAAGAAUGUGGUAAAACAUUUAAUUUCCUUUCAAAUAUUCGUGAACAUGAGAGAAUCCAUACAGGAGAAAAGCCUUAUAAAUGCAGACAAUGUGGCAAAUCCUUCAGCCGGUCCUCAGCCUUUAUUUAUCAUAAGAGAAUUCAUACUGGAGAAAAGCCAUAUAAAUGUAGAGAGUGUGGCAAAGCCUUCAGGAGGUCCUCGAAAUGUCGUCGUCAUCAGAGUGUUCAUACCGGAGAGAAGCCUUAUAAAUGUAGAGAAUGUGGCAAAGCCUUCAGUGAGUCCUCAGUCCUUAAUCAACAUCAUAGAGUUCAUACUGGAGAGAGGCCCUAUCAAUGUAAAGAAUGUAGCAAAGCCUUCACUGCGGCCUCAAGCCUUGCUUAUCAUCAGAGAGUGCACACUGGAGAAAAGCCCUAUAAAUGUGGAGAAUGUGGCAAAGCCUUCAGUGGGGCAUCAUACUUAGCUUAUCAUCAGAGAGUUCAUACUGGAGAGAAGCCUUAUAAAUGUGGAGAAUGUGGCAAAGACUUCAGUGCAGCAUCAACACUUACUUUUCAUCAGAGAGUUCACACUGGAGAGAAGCCCUAUAAAUGUGGAGAAUGUGGCAAAGCCUUUACCAGAUCCUCAUCCCUGACUUAUCAUCUGAGAGUCCACACUGGAGAGAAGCCCUAUAAAUGUGGAGAAUGUGGCAAAGCCUUCAGGAGAUUCUCAAGGUGUAGUCUUCAUCAGAGUAGUCACAGUGGAGAGAAUCCUUAUAGAUGUAGUGAAUGUGGCAAAGCCUUCAGUAAUUCUUCAAACCUUAACAGGCAUCAGAAACUUCAUACCGGAGAGAAGCCUUAUAAAUGUAGAGAAUGUGGCAAAGCCUUUGUUGUGGCAACAAACCUUACUUAUCAUCAGAGAGUUCACACUGGGGAGAAGCCCUAUGAAUGUAGAGAGUGUGGCAAAGCCUUCAACAGGUCCUCAACCCUUACUGUACACCAGAGAGUUCACACUGGAGAGAAGCCUUAUGAAUGCAGACAGUGUGGCAAAGCCUUCAGUAAGUCCUCAAACCUUAGUAAGCAUCAGAGAGUUCAUUCUGGAGAGAAGCCUUAUAAAUGUACAGAAUGUGGCAAGGCCUUCAGUGGGGCAACUAAUCUUACUUAUCAUCAGAGAGUUCAUACCGGAGAGAAACCCUAUAAAUGUAGAGAAUGUAGCAAAGCUUUUAGCAGGUCCUCAAGUCUUACUUAUCAUCAGAGAGUUCAUAAUCUAUAG